CCAGAGCCGCCAGCCCCCAGGCCUGGCCCGGCCCGCGCCAUGGAGUCCGGCCGCGGCGGCCUGGAGACCGUGGGCAAGUUCGAGUUCUCGCGCAAGGACCUGAUUGGGCAUGGCGCCUUCGCCGUGGUCUUCAAGGGGCGCCACCGCGAGAAACACGACCUGGAGGUCGCUGUCAAGUGCAUUAACAAGAAGAACCUGGCCAAGUCCCAGACUCUCCUGGGGAAGGAGAUCAAGAUCCUCAAGGAAUUGAAACAUGAAAACAUCGUGGCGUUGUAUGACUUCCAGGAAAUGGCCAAUUCCGUCUACCUGGUCAUGGAGUACUGUAACGGCGGUGAUCUGGCCGACUACCUGCACACCAUGCGGACGCUGAGCGAGGACACCAUCCGGCUCUUCCUGCAGCAGAUCGCCGGCGCCGUGCGGCUAUUGCACAGCAAGGGCAUCAUCCACCGGGACCUGAAGCCCCAGAACCUCCUGCUGUCCAACCCUGGCGGGCGCCGUGCCACCCCCAGCAGCAUCCGGGUCAAGAUUGCCGACUUCGGCUUUGCCCGGUACCUGCAGAGCAACAUGAUGGCGGCCACGCUCUGCGGCUCCCCCAUGUACAUGGCCCCCGAGGUCAUCAUGUCCCAGCACUACGACGGGAAGGCGGAUCUGUGGAGCAUCGGUACCAUCGUGUACCAGUGCCUGACAGGGAAGGCGCCCUUCCAGGCCAGCAGCCCCCAGGACCUCCGCCUCUUCUAUGAGAAGAACAAGACGCUGGUCCCCCCCAUCCCCCGGGAGACCUCGGCCCCGCUGAGACAGCUGCUCCUGUCUCUGCUUCAGCGCAACCACAGAGACCGCAUGGACUUCGAUGAGUUUUUCCAUCACCCCUUCCUUGAGGCCAGUGCCGCUGUGAAGAAGUCCCCGCCCGUGCCCGUGCCCUCGUACCCAAGCUCGGGGUCCGGCAGCAGCUCCAGCAGCAGCUCCACCUCACACCUGGCCUCCCCACCGUCCCUGGGGGAGGUGCAGCAGCAGCUCCAGAAGACCCUGACGUCCCCGGCCGAGGCCGCCGGCUUCCUGCAGGGCUCCCGGGACUCGGGCGGCAGCAGCAGGGACUCGUCCUGUGACACUGAUGACUUUGUCAUGGUCCCGGCCCAGCUUCCAGGUGACCUGGUAGCCGAGGCGGUCGGUGUCAAGCCGCCACCGGACAGCCUGAUGUGCAGCGGGAGCUCGCUGGCGGCCUCUGCUGGCCUGGAGAGCCGCGGCCGGACCCCGUCUCCUUCCCCGCCCUGCAGCAGCUCCCUCAGCCCCUCAGGCCGGGCCGGGGCAUCCUCCAGCAGCAGGUGCGGGGCCUCGGCCCCCAUCCCAGUCCCCACUCAGGUGCAGAACUACCAGCGCAUUGAGCAGAGCCUUCAGUCGCCCACCCAGUACCAGGCGGCGCGGUCCUCUGCCAUCCGCAGGUCAGGCAGCACCAGCCCGCUGGGCUUUGCACGGGCCAGCCUGUCACCCCCGUCUCACGCCGAGCAUGGAGCCGCCCUGUCCAGGAAGUUCUCCCUCGGUGGGGGCCGGCCCUACACGCCGUCUCCCCAGGUUGGAACCAUCCCCGAGCGGCCAGGCUGGAGCGGGGCGCCCUCCCCCCAAGCAGCCGAGAUGCGGGGUGGCAGGUCCCCUCGUCCAGGCUCCUCGGCACCUGAGCACUCUCCCCACAGCGCCGGGCUGGGCUGCCGCCUGCACAGUGCCCCGAACCUGUCCGACCUGCGUGUGGUCCGUCCCAAGCUGCCCAAGCCCCCCACGGACCCACUGGGGGUGGCGUUCGGCCACCCGCAAGCCAGCCCCCCGCAGCCCUCCCACGGGCUGCAGUCCUGCCGGCCCCUGCGCGGCUCGCCCAAGCUGCCCGACUUCCUGCAGCGGAACCCCCUGCCCCCUAUUCUGGGCUCCCCGACCAAGGCCGUGCCCGCGUUCGACUUCACCAAGACCCCCAGCUCCCAGAACUUGCUGACUCUCCUGGCCCGGCAGGGUGUGGUGAUGACGCCGCCUCGGAACCGGACGCUGCCCGACCUCUCUGAGGCGGGGCCCUUCCAGGGGCAGCAGCUGGGCCCCGGCCUGCGGCCCACCGAGGACACCAAGGGCCCCUUUGGCAGGUCCCUCAGCGCCGGCCGCCUCACGGAUCUGCUCCUUAAGGCUGCCUUUGGGACGCAGGCCCCUGACUCAGGCAGCGUGGACAGCCUGCAAGAAAAGCCCAUGGAGACCGGGCCGUCUGCUGGCUUCGGAGGGAACCUGCACCCGGGAGCCCGUGCUGGGGGCGCCGGCAGCCCUUCCCCCGUGGUAUUCACGGUGGGCUCGCCCCCCAGCGGGACCACACCGCCCCAGGGCCCCCGUGCCACCGUGUUCUCAGGGGGCCCCUCCAGCCCCCUCGGCUCGGCAGGCUCCUCCUCCGCCCGUCACCUGGCGCCCGGGGCCUACGGCGAGGCCCCCCUCGAGGUACCCGCCCCCGGCCACUGCCGCAGCUUUGCCGACCCCGUUGCCGCCAACCUGGAGGGGGCCGUGACCUUCGAGGCCCCCGACCUGCCCGAGGAGACCCUCAUGGAGCAAGAGCACACGGAGAUGCUGCACAGCCUGCGCUUCACGCUCGGCUUCGUCCAGCACGUCCUGGAGAUCGCGGCCCUGAAGGGCAGUGCCAGCGAGGCGGCCGGGGGGCCCGAGUACCAGCUGCAGGAGAGCGUGGUGGCUGACCAGAUCAGCCUGCUGAGCCGCGAGUGGAGCUUCGCGGAGCAGCUGGUGCUCUACCUGAAGGCGGCCGAGCUCCUCUCCUUGGGCCUGCAGACUGCCAUCGACCAGAUCCGGGCCGGCAAGCUCUGCCUGUCGUCCACCGUGAAGCAGGUGGUGCGGAAGCUGAACGAGCUGUACAAGACGAGCGUGGUGUCCUGCCAAAGCCUGAGCCUGCGGCUGCAGCGCUUCUUUCUAGACAAGCAGCGGCUCCUAGACCGCAUCCAGAGCGUCACCGCCGAGAAGCUCAUCUUCAGCCACGCGGUGCAGACAGUGCAGUCGGCCGCCCUGGAUGAGAUGUUCCACCGCCGGGAGGACUGUGUCCAGCGCUACCACAAGGCCCUGCUGCUCAUGGAGGGGCUGCAGCAGAUCCUCUCGGACCAGGCAGACGUGGAGAACAUCGCCAAGUGCAAGCUGUGCAUCGAGCGGAGACUCUCGGCCCUGCUGUCCGGCAUCUGUGCCUGA